AUGAUCAGUUCGAAAUUCACGACAGACACCGUCAUAUGGUCUGACAGUAAAGUUGCCCUACACUGGAUUCAGAACAACAAAUCUAAAAAUGUCUAUGUCCGCAACAGGGUGAAUGAGAUAAGUCAGGUCACUGAAGUGAGGUACCUCUGUGUACCUGGUGAAGAAAACCCAGCAGACCUUGUCUCUAGAGGAAUUUCCAUGCAGCAGUUUAAGAAAAGUCAAAUUUGGUUCCAUGGCCCAAGUUGGCUCCCGAACCCAGAGAUGUGGCCAGAGCAGGCAGAUAUAUCUACAUGCUACCCACCUGAAACACCUGAAGAAGUUUUAACUACAGUUGUCAGUGAAGAAGCUACUUGUCCCAUAGAGAUCCGUAGGUUCGCUUCCCUUCCUAAACUUAUAAAUGUCACUAAGUUAAGUCAGUAUUUCCCAGAGGAGUUGUCAUACCUUAACAAGAAUUCCCACAAAAUUCCAACCAGAAUUAAAUGCCUAGGCUUGUUCCUGGAUGAGAGUGGACUUUUGCGAUGCACUGGGAGACUACAAAAUGCGGACCACCUUCCAUAUAGCAGUAAAUUUCCUCUGCUUUUGCCUCCAAAUUCUCCUUUGACUGGACUUAUAGUCAUUCAAGCACAUGAAAAUGUUCUUCAUGCAGGCGUUCAAGACACAAUUUGCAAGGUGAGAGAAGAAUACUGGAUACCAAGACUGAGACAGUGUGUCAAGAAGAUGAAAACGAAGUGUCACCUAUGUAACUGUCUGGAAGGACCUGCCUUGCGCAGGCCUCUUCCACCACCUCUACCAGCUUGCAGAGUGAACAGUCUCUGGCCAUUUGAGGUGAUCAGAGUAGAUUUGACUGGACAAAUUCUUAUCUGCAAUCCAGCCACUAAAGAACUGGACAAGGUUUACAUAGUCGUGUUCACUUGUACCUCAACAUGA